CUACCUACAGUUUUCCCACGAGAUACACGUUCAAAUAUUUCUCAAGCAGCAAUUUUUUCGGUAUGCUUGAUAUGUUGUGACUUUGAACCUAUGUGUUUUCAAAAUCAUACUGUUUUUAAUAACAAUUGUUAAUUUUUAUUAAUUCAUAGUGAGUUGCAACGAACAGUUGUUGCCAAUAAACAGUCCAGCCUCGUUUAAGUAAUUCAUUACGAGGCAUUUGCCGCCAAGUGAAGAUAAAGGAUAAAGAAUGCAUCUAAGAAUGGAUAUUUUGAAUCAUAGUCUAUAGAAUUAGGACUAUGUUUGAAUGAGAAAGACAUAAACUAUCGCAAUGUAUGCUCUUACAGUGUUGAUAUUAUGUAUUUGUUUCGAAAUCAUUGCAUCGGACCGUCGAGUGGUUAGGCCCCUUAAAGAGAACGUAGUAGUAUCAGAAAGGCGUCUAUUGCAGAUUAACGGAGAUGAACCGAGUGACUUAACUGUUGCAACAUACAAUAUAUGGAAUAUAAUGUUUCACUGGGAAGUUAGAAAGUUGCACAUUGCUGACUUAAUAGACACACAUGACAUUGAUAUCAUUGGCUUCCAAGAGGUACGCGCUCAUAAAGAAACACAACACAACCAACUGCACGAUCUUCAAGAACUUCUUCCCAAGUACAAAUGGAGUCUCUUCCACCCAACUCGUGUAGUAGAUCAAAAUGGUGUCUCUCGCCCACCUGGAUGGGAGGUGGAAGGCAUAGGCAUUUUAAGCAGACACAGGAUUUUAUCAUAUCAUGCAGUGAACUUGUCAAAGAGUGAAGGAGAAGACUCCACACAAAGGGCAGUUCUUAGUGCCCAAGUUUCAGUUGAAGGGGAAGAGAUAUCUGUAGCAGUGACUCAUUUCUCAUAUGAUAGAAACUCCCAAUGCCAGAAUGCUUGGGAUGUACUAGGGUAUCUUCACAAUGCAAAAGCUGACAAGAUGAUAGUCCUUGGGGACUUCAACGUCUAUAACAAUUACCAAUGGCCAAUGAAGUUAUUGGCUACUGGAAAAGUAGAUCCAAAAUCACCUUAUGUUUGUAAACUUAGAAAGAAACCUUGGUUCCAUGGACAAUCUGAUUAUGAAUUCAAAGAUGCAUGGACUGAUCUACAUCCAAGAAGUAAUGGGUACACAUUCAGUAACAUGCCACAGCCUGGGUUCAAAAGUCGCCCAGAUAGAAUACUAUUAUCAAAACCAGGAUUCAAGCUUGAUGCAGUAUUUACUCUUGGCCAUGGUAGUGAAUACAAGCGUGAUUAUCAGAAAAAUCUUUACAUUGCCCGCUUGAACUCAAUACACAAUGCUGCUCGCUUCCAGACUGAAGGAAAAUUCUUUGACAGCUCUUGUUAUUGGGAUUGUGGACCACAUGGAAUUUGUAGGUGUGGCAUUUGUGUCCAGAAAAGAAAUGAUGAAUGUGAUGAAAUUUUUUGCUCUUCCUGUGGACCAGCUCGUCUGAGAUACUAUCAAUUUUUGCAGGCAAUAUUCAUCAUUCUAGUAUUACUGUCAAUAUUCAGUUUGUUUAUCCUUAUUUCAAAGUGUGUCCUUCUGGAUGCAAGGCCAAGAAUUUGUGCACAACUGAGCAGGUCUGUACUUGGAAGCAAAUAUUUUAUUUUAACAAUGAUCAUUGGAAUGUUUGCUACAUAUACAUUCUUCAAAUGGAGCCAUGCAGAUGUGAUAAACUUAGUAUCUUCACAAAUACCAGAAGAACUGUUUCCAUCAGACCAUUUGAUGGUUGUUGCAAGAAUUGCUAUUGAGUAGAGGAACCAGCCAUCAGUUUCACAAAUUUGUAUUCCAUAUUUUCCUAAUAUGCUUUUAGUGGGGGCAUUUGGCAACUCCAAGCAUGCAGAAAUAGUAAUUCAACAUGGUAUCUAUCUACCCAGCAUAUGACAGAACCUUGAAGGUGUGGGACCAAUGUGUUGCUUUGCACAUUCAAAAUUGACAAGAUAAUUAAAUGAUAGACCAACGCAUAUGCAAAGAGCUUAUUUAUUUAAUAUUUAUGAAGUGAAUAUGGCAACAAAUAAUGGGAGAAGACAAUUGAAACUCAGUUUACAUUUAUGUUUAAUAUUUUAUACAAAGUAAUUAAUUUGAGACUAAUUUUCACUAAAACAUAAUUUUUAUUGCACAUCAACCCUGGUUUAUUGAGCCAGUAUUAAAACCACAAAUGGUUGUUAAAGUAAAAUUAUUAUGACAAUGGUGAUGAUGAAGACAAAUUAUCAAACAUGAAAGUUAACUUGUUUUGCUAGCACAUUGUAAUUUUAAUAAGCCUCGUAUCAUUAAAAAUGCAAAACCAUAGAUUUUUUAGAGAACUACGUACACAUAUAUGACAAGAUUCCUCCUUGAAUGUCCAAAACUAUUUGAGUAAUCAAAAAUGCCCCACUAUUUUUAUCUCAAAGGAUACAAUUAUUUCCAGUUUAAUUCUACCCCUACUUCAAGAAAAGGGACAACUAGUUGAAUAUUUGUUGAAAACAGAAACACAAUUUCCAAUGACAUUGAUACUUUUGAUGUUGCUAAAUACAGCAGAUAUAGCAAAAGUUUACACUUUGUACAAACUACCCAGUAAAAACUAUUAUAGCUUUGUGGUUCAACUUCUUAUAAAGCAAAAUGUUAAUAAAGUCCAAAUCCUGAAUGUUAAAACCAAGGUUGAAAUGUUUUGUAUCUGAAAAAAUUAGCCACCAAAGAAAGACAUUAAGAAUACAGCCACUUCCCUUUACAUAAUAUUAGUGUUUUUUACAAAUUAAAAAUAAAUUCAACUGGACUCCUAUGGUUAUUUGGUGAAUUCAACCAGAGCUUGUUUAGCCUGUGUGCAGACUCAACUGGUUUUCACGUGGAGAUGAAUUUAGUUGAAUGGAAAAUUUAGGUUUUCACUGGGAGAGAAACAAGGAAUUUUUCCAUCAACUAAAUUUCCAAUCAACUAGAUUCAUCUCUCGGAAAACCAGUUGGGUGUGCACACAGGCUAGAGCUUCUUAGUACCCCUAAACCAGUUAAUAGUAAUUCUGAAAUGUCAUUUUAGAUUAAUAUUACUUUUUUUUCUAAACUGUAAGCAUCUGCUCUUUUACCAAAGGUGUAAAAUAUUUUAUCAAAAUGUAGCAAUUAUGAUUUUUUCUUUCAAAGUUUGAAACAAGGCAUUUUUGUCUAACAAUCUGAAAUAAACCUUACUGUAAACAAGUCUUGAAAUACUUUCAAAAAUUGUCACAACCUGCUCCUUCUGUAAUUUACCUUCUGGUCAAGACAAUUAUCACAUGAUUAAAGACACAUCAUGUCUUCAAAUGGCUUGUAGUGCAAAGUCAUGAACCUGGACUAGAAGCACGUGGUGCAUCUGAAUGUUCUAGUAUCAGGCACUUUCUUCUAGAUUCAUCCAUUUCUAUAACGGUACAUCAUAAACCACAAGAGAUUUAUCAUCUGAUGCUGAUACAAUCUUUGAUCCAUUGUUGUUGUAACUAACUCCCCAUACCUACACCAAAAUAAAAAUAAAUGGCAUCUUUUAUUGUAUACAAAAUUGAAUGAAUGAAAAUAUGCAUAGUCUCAGACAAAAUCUGAAUCUAUCACAAAUGAUAAAGAUGAAAGUCCUUUCUGGUUGUGUACAACUAUAACCUCUAAAAAUCUGGAAGGAAUUUUAGAAUCUUGAAAGUUUUCUUUCUCUUUACAUGCAAAAAUUAAGCAAUAUAAUAAUGAAAAUACAGUUAUCAUUAUCAGUGAUUUUCAAAUUUUUAAACAGCAACAACAGAACUCUAAAUGAUGUUUUAUUCACCUGAUCACUGUGUUCAUAAAAUGUUUGUAUGCACUGCCUACUACUAGCAUCCCAUACUUUGACCGACUUGUCACUGGAGCUUAAAACAAGAUCACAAUGAAUAUUAAUACCAGAAUAUAAU